CUUCAGCAACUGGAAAUAUCCAAGUGCGGUCAGGAUGCAUCGCACACCCUGCGUUGUGCCCCCAAAGCAAUCCAGCAUGAUCCUUGUGCGGCCUCCAGGCGACCGCUGCUGGCAUUGCUCAUAUGGACUUGAUCGAAGCGGUGAUUCACCCCUUGAUUCGCUCAUCUCUUUCGUUUGUGGACAACGACUCAAGGGCGUUCUCCUCUGGCCGAGUCCAAGCACGGAUCGCUGAGCCUGAUGCAUCCUUAGUGACUUGUUUCAGUUCGCUGUGUAUCCAUCUUCGACCAGCCGUGACAGGCACCCACCUUUGUGAGCUCGUCCGAACUUGCUGCAUUGAUAUGUGUCUCAACCUGAGUAGCUGCGUUCUCAGCGAGAAAGAAACUAACACAAGAUCGCGAACUCUGAACAGCAUGCCAGUUCGAUCGUUGGCGCUGCCGCGACGAUGAAUUGUACACUGAUUGGCAUCGUAGGAAGUGGAGUGCACGCAGUAAUUUGUUUACCACUCGGUUUCAUGGUAGUCUUUGAAAAACAGACCAAAG